AUGGAAGGCCUUACUUCAAUGAUAUAUCACGAAAAACAGCAGCAAGGUUCAAUGCUUUGCGCGCAGCAUGCGCUGAACUCUCUUCUACGGAAAUUAUGUGCGAUCGCUUAUCCUUUGCUGCUUCCCCUCACCGAGCAGCACUAUCCCCAGUUCACCGCACCAGAUCUUUCUUCCAUCGCACUGCAUCUUGAUGCCCUGGAAGAGACCUACGAUGAUGACAACAUUGGUACCACAAGCACCAACAUGGACGACACUGGGUUCUUCUCCGUUCAAGUAUUAGAAAAUGCCCUCAAAGUGUGGGGUUUGAACCUAGUGAGAUGGCGUAGUGAGGAAAUGCGGCCCUAUCACGAUCAUCCACACACACAACUCGCAUUUAUCCUCAAUUUCGAACAGCAUUGGUUCACCCUGCGUCGAUUCGGCCCUGCUCUCCCAAACAUAGACCACGAUCCGGGCGUUGGUCACUGGUUCAACCUCAAUUCUUUUUUACUAUCUCCAGAAUGGGUUGGAAGGCUUUACCUCGGUAUGGUCUUGCAACAAGCAGAGGCUGAAGGAUACUCCGUAUUCGCUGUGGUUCAAGCUGAUCCCACUGCACAACUAGCCCUUCCUCGCACAGACGCGGACGAGAUCGCGCCCACCCUCCCCGAACCGACGUCUGCCCCCCGUGCAAAUUCAAAUUCACAAAUGUUUGCUCGCACUGUAGACCGAGGCUCCUCAACACAUCACCCAACUGAUCUCGGAGAUAUCGAAGACGACGAUUACGAGUUGCAGGCUGCCCUUCAGGCGUCCCUCAUGACUAACAGUACCGAUCACGCAUCAUUCGACCCUCCUCCCCUGGCAAGAGCCCCCAUCCCAUUACCUGAAUCCAGAUCACCCUCCCAUUCCGGUUCUUCUCCCGAUUCAGGUUUCCAUACUCCUCAAGUAGCUGCUCCUGUGUAUGAAGAAGAUGUUGACCCCGUAGCUGCUAGCAUGGAACGAAAUCGGAUAUUACUGCAACGCAUGAAGGAAGAGCAAGAGUAUGCGCAGAGAGAGCUGUGGGCUGACACGGCUCUCAGCUCAGGGGAAACGGCUGGUAGUGAAGAAAGACGUCAAAGACGGCUCAGACAGGAGGAAGAGGAACAAACUGAGUUAAGGAGAGCUAUUGAGGAAAGCGAGGAAUUGACCAAAAGAAACCAACUAAGUCGAGACGGCGACAAUAGUGAAGACCAUGUCAUGGGCGACGGGGAGUUGCACGCACCUGGCCCAAGUUCACACAUUUUUGGUGGAAACAGAGUUUAUGACGACGACGACGCAGAGCUGCAAGCUGCUUUGAGGGCUUCUCUUGAGAGUGUCCCACCAGGGUGGCAACAUCUCGAACCCAAUCUAUCACCCAGCCGCCCAGCGUCUUUACCUUCUGCGGAUCAGGCUCCCGCGGCAAGCAAAGAUGUGGAAGAUGUCCAGUCGAUUUCAUCGGAUAGUACGGCCGACCAACAUCCAUCCGUUCCUGAAACCGCUGAGCCUCUCAGUGUAGACGAGAUACGCAGGAAGAGGCUUGCCAAGUUUGGAGUUUAG